GUUCCGAGCCCCGCGCUCCCGAGCCCCGCGCUCCCGAGCCCCGCGCUCCCGAGCCCCGCGCUCCCGAGCCCCGCGGAUGGCGCCGGCCGCCGGGCCCCGCGCGCGCGCCCUGUGGAGGGCCUGCAACGCGCUCAUGGCCGCCUUCUUCGCCCUGGCGGCCUUCGUGCAGGUCAAUGAUCCCGACGCAGAAGUUUGGGUUAGUCCUGAUGGAGCCCUCAGCAGCUUGCCUGGCACCUGGGAGAGAUUACCUGCCUUGCAGAUGUCAGCACUGACGGAUAUCCCAGUACCCGCUAGCAGUGGAGUAGAAAAGAUGAACAGAGCCUGGAAUCCUGGUGCUCUCUCUCCGCAGGGUCAAGACAGACAGGUGAUGUAUGCGAUCCCUGCAGUAUUGACCCUGCUUGUUGGACUUAACCCUCUCGUCACAGGUAACUUCCUUUGGAAGAGUGUGUCUGCAGUACACAUGUCAGUUUGCGUGCUGUGGGCUGUGGGCCUGGCCUACCACUUCUUGUUCCACACGCAGCAGAAUAUCUUGCAUGAGGAAGAAGGCAGGGAGCUGUCUGGCCUGCUGAUUAUCACCGCAUGGAUGAGCCUGUGCCGCAGCUCAGCAAAGAAUCCAGUUGGUGGAAGAAUUCAGUUGGCUCUUGCCAUUGCAAUUGUUCUUUUCCCGUUUAUCUCAUGGAUCUAUGUUUACACCAACAAGGAGAUGCAGUCUUCCUGGCCAACUCACUGCAAGACAGCCAUUUAAAUGAAUCCAAGUGGUGAAUUUUUUUAAUAUGAUCAGCAUUUUAUAAACACUAGGGUAACAGGCCAGUUUCCUAGCAGUUUAUUUCAGGUAAUUUAAGAUAAUUCUAGGAGGGAUGAUUUUUUUUUUAAAAAAAAGGGGGGAUCCUUAACCACUUUUUAAGGCAGUCUGUGAUGUCAGGUUGGAUAAGACAGUGAGAGAUGGGGUCCGACAUUCUCUGGAAUCCUGAGGGGUGUGGUGUCUGGGUAUGGUGGAAGAGGCACUAGAUCCAGAGUUAAGAACAUGAUCUAAUUCAGCGUCACCACUCUCCAUGUGACUAGGGACAAACACAUACACCUCCAGCACUGUAUUUCUUUAUCUAGAAAGUAGGAUUCGUACCGGAGUCCUACUUACUUAUUCAGCUGCAAAGAUAAAGUCGCUAGUAUGAGAGCCCUCUGAAAAUAUAAAGGGCUUGCAAAAAACUGUACAUGAUCAAAACAGAGCUGGUCAGAGUAUGGGUAACACUGAAGUAGAGCUGAGAGG